AUGCUCGGCGGGGCGGGGUGCGGCCUGGUGCUGCCGGGUGCGCGGAGAGAAAUGCGCAUGAGAGAGCGGAUCGAUGAGGAACCGGCGCCCCGGGCGCUCCCAAUAGCGAUCUGCCCUCCUCCUUGUCCGCGCCCCUGCAACCCUAGUGCCCCCAGCCCGCUGAGUGAGCCCCCGCAUCGCCCCGAGGUCUGCGGGGAACCGAGGCGCUUACCCCGCCCUCGGCUGCGGAGGAUGCCAACCUCAGAGGCUUCUCUGCCUCGGAGAAGCGCAAGGCCUUGGCUUUCGGUUCUCUACUGCUUUCAUGAGCCAAGGGACAGAAGGAAUGGGGAGCCAAUCAAUAGGGGGGACUGCAUGAUCUGGACGAGGCACGUCCCCUUUGUGAGAGUGAGGCUCCCAGGGCCCGGUGCAGAGCUAGCCUUGGUCCUGACGCCACACCUCGGACCCCGCUUCCCUAACUUCUUCGUGGCCAGAGCCACCCAGCUUGUUGCCUAUGACUCCCAAGGACCCGGAACUUUGUCUUGCCUGUGCUGUGACCUGCUUCCAACCUCCCUCCCUCUGACAGCCUUAGGAGACAGUCUUCAAGAGUUGUUGCGACACAACGCCCCUCCCCCCUCCCAGUGCUGGGGCCACUCCCAACAGCAACACACCUUCCUCCUCCUGGGAGGCUGCCUGCUCGCCUGGAUGGCCAUGGCCCAGUAUGCAGUGCUGGUCUUCAUCCCUGCUUUCUGUGCUGUGGCUCUCUUCCAGUCUGUCAGCCCAGAGAAGGUUCACCGCUGGACAUUCUCUUUCCAGAUGACUUGGCAAACCCUUUGCCACCUGGGUCUUCACUACACUGAGUACUACCUUCAAGAACCUCCCUGUGUGAGGUUCUGCAUCACCCUUUCCUCCCUCAUGCUCCUGACCCAGAGAGUCACUUGGCUCUCUCUAGACAUCUGCGAAGGUCAAGUGGUGGUGAAGGAGGCCUGGGGAGGCCCCUGCGUCCUGUCCUUCUGUAGCUACCUCCUCUUCUUCCCGGCACUUCUCGGUGGCCCUUUGUGCUCCUUCCAGAGGUUUCAGGCUCAAGUGAACAGGCCAGAGUCACUUUGGAGGCCGCUGUCCCUGGGCCCUGCCGCCAGGAAGGGUCUGCUCCUCCUGGGGCUGGAGCUGCUGAAAACCUUGGUGAGGGGGAUGCUCGGGGCAGGCCCCGGCUUGGCCAGCUGCCACCGACUUGGCUGCAUCUCUGUCAUGUGGACCGCUGCUGUGCUCUACAAACUGACCUAUUACUCUCACUGGAUCCUGGAUGAGUCCCUGCUCUGGGCAGCGGGCUUCGGGCUGGACUCUGGACCUCCCCUCCGUGGGGAGGGGGAUGUCUCAGAUGCAGACAUCUGGACCUUGGAGACAACUCACAGGAUCUCCCUGUUCACCAGGACUUGGAAUCAGAGCACUACGAGGUGGCUCCGGAGGCUCGUGUUUUCGAGGGCCACGGCCUGGCCGCUGAUGCAGACAUUUGCCUUCUCUGCCUGGUGGCACGGGCUCCAUCCGGGCCAGGUCUUCGGCUUCCUGUGCUGGGCGAUGAUGGUGGAAGCCGACUACCUGAUUCAUGGCCGCGCCAAGGAGCUGAUUAGCUCCUGGCCGGGGAGGCUGCUCUAUAGGGCUGUCAGCUGGGCCCACACACAGCUCAUCAUCGCCUACAUCCUACUGGCUGUGGAGCUCAGGAGCCUCUCCGCUCUCAGGCUGCUGGGGGCUUCCUACAACAGUCUCUUCCCCCUGGUGUACUGUGUGUGCCUGGUUCUGUUAGCAAGGAGAAGAAAGCGAGGAGCCUCACCAGCCACUUUCACCCAAUAA